AUGGCCGCCAUCAGCAUGCCCCUCGCCGCUCGCGCCGAGUACACCCUCCACCAGCUUGCUAAGCGCGACAACUGGGCCCAGCGCGAGCCCGGUGUCAUUGUUGUCUUUUGCAUUGUUUUCCUUGUCGCCGUUCUGUUCCUUGCCAUGUUCAUCAACAAGAAGAGGCAAGCCAGCAAGGGCGUCGCGUAA